GCGCGCGCGCACCCCUGCCUGCUCUUCAUCAUCAUCAAGCCCCUCCUCGUCCGUCUACACAUGCAGGGAUGAGGAGAACGCAUCUUUGCAUGGGGCUUUUUUUAGACUGAUCAUCACUGAGAUGAUGGUGUCAUUUGUUUGACUGAAUUGAAGUUGAGUCACGUGACGCACGCACGACACAAUGUGAAAAAUGCAAGUGCCAAAACGGUGAUGAUCUAAAUAUAAGGUCACCAAAGCUGCAACGAGGGGUUUAAAAUCUGUAUUUAUUUUGUCUAAUCAAAUGAAUAAUUAAAAAAAAAAAAACAUGCACAAAAUUAAAUGCAAAAUUAAUAAAACACCCACACGUGAUUUAAUUCGGAAUAAUUCAUCGUAUAUAUGUGAUAUAUGUCGUCUCAGUUUAGCAUCUCACUGGGUGGACAGUGGCAGACUUUAAAAAAGGUUUUAUACUCCCCCUGUCGGAAGCUAGAAUGAACUGUCACAGCGUUUUAUUUUUUCUUUCCAGCUUCAUUAAUUUGUGUGAUUAUCACAUUUUACAUUUUUUCAUUACAAUAUAUAUUAAAAUCAUCUGUGAAGAUUUGGAGUGUCAAUUGAGUCCGGUUACAGAGAUCUCUUUUUUUUUUUUAAAAAAGUGCUUUCCUGCAAUUGCUCUGUCUGCCUGCGGUCCGCUUGAUUUGCUAAUGUCCUUCAGUAACUUGGAAAACAUUUCGGAGAAAUUCGCCCUUCGCAUGUUCUCGCAACUUUAUUUAUAAAGCACUUUAAAACAAUCCCCGAUGUUGUGUCAUUCUGCGCUUUGAUGCUUUGUCGCCACUAACAACCAAUUUCAUCCACUUGAACCUUGUUCCCUGUCGACAGCCAUUAUGGCUGGAAUUAUCCGAGAUAGACGAAGCCAUUAUUUACUUCUCAAAUACCAUUUUCAACACAGCAGGAGAAUAACCGAUUAUGCAAGUCUGUAUUAAGCUUUUCUAGAGAAGCUAUAUUUUAUCUACAGUGUUAGGGGAUUGACGGUCCACUGUCAUUAUCUGUCCCACCACAAGAGGGCAGGCGUUGACAAAAGAUGUGUAUUGCACACAGGAUAGAGCAGUGAGUGAUCCAAGCCACAUAUUUUACAGUAGAAAAAAAAAAUAUCCCACUGCACACUCACAAAAAAGGAGGAAUAUGUAAAUAGAAUUAUUUUUGUUUUUACUUUUCUGAAGCUUCAUGAAGGUUUUGAACUCAAAGCAAACACUUCCCGAGAGUGAUUGGGAAUCCCCUCGAGCUGCUUCCAAAGAUGAUGUUAACUCAAAAUCAGGAGGUCAUCCCAAUGCCAGUUUGGACUACUCAAAGUUUUCUUUCUCCAAAUACAUCUUACCUCUUGUAUAAUUUAUUAAACGAUAAUAUUUGGGCAACAAACGGUAAGCAAUACAGGAGCUCUGUUGUGCUUCUGGAUGUUUCCGGAGCAACCUGGAGGGCGAGGAGAGAGGGAGGAUCCAGUGCAGGGGGUGUGUUUUACAUUCACAGCUUUCUUGCUUGAUUUAACCUGUCUGCCUCCCUCAACAUAUGUUCAAAGCCGCCGGCUGCUGUUGAAAAAAGACUCAGAUUUCUUUCCGCGCGCUGAACUUUUAGCCGGAACCUUCGAUCGAUCCUGCCCAGGGAAAUCUGUAUCUAAACUAUAUAAGCGACUUUCAAGAAUUCCACCGGCACAUCUAUGUGGGUAGUGGAGAAGAUCCGUGUUUCAAUGGAGAGCUCCGUCCCGCCCGUGUCGUCAACAGAAUUCAGCUUCAAGAUCAGCGACAUCAUAUUUGGGGACAAAUCGGACAAAAACAAAAGAAUUUCCUUUUUCCCUAACGUCAUCACCCCUGACAACAUCCCGGAAUUCUGCAUCCCGCCUACCAUCCCGUCCCUACAGGAGGUGAAAAAUCCGGAGCAGGGCCGAGCUGCCCGCGCCGCCAAAGCGAGCCACUGCGAGGUGGAGGUGGCGCACUACGAGGCCCCCAAACCGCACAUCAUCCAGGUGGAGAGCGUGGACGAGGGUCCCUUUGACGGCUGUAGUGAUGAGGAGACAACAAACGCCGAUCCUCAAAGCCAAGCCGCUUUGUCCCUCCCCCACAUGGCCAAAGCGCAGACCUGCUACGGCUUUUGCACCUUGCUGGAGAGCCCGCACACCAGGAGGAAGGAGUCUCUCUUCCACUCCGACCCGGGUUCCUCUCCCCUUCUGCUACCCAGGAGCCGAUCGGCCACCUGCUCCAAAGUCACCUCGAGCGCCUCACCCUCACCUUCCUCCUUCAGCCUCAAUACUCUGACCUCCCGUCUCUCGCCGAGAGGACACCAUCUCAACUGGCAGGGGGCGGCCGACAGCGACACGACAUCUUCUACCGAGUCGUCCCCCUUCAGUUCGCCGCUUCUGACCAGAUGCCCCGCCAAGUCGUCCAUCUUCAAGACGCUGAGCCAUGAACUGCUGCUCUCCAGGAACAUCAGGAAGGCCACGGUGUCCAGGAAUAACUCCCUGUCCACGGACGAAGGCAGCUCGACCGACAACAGUCCCAACGUGAUGAGGAGGGCAUCGGACGGUUUAGGCGAGGGCCUCCCCGGCUGCUACAGCCUGGCGCCCCCGACCAUCUUCCCCGUGGAUUUGACCCUGCAUAAAGAGCGGGUCAUGAAAGAAAGAAUGGUGCCCGUCGGGAAGGACGGCAGCCUGAGACUCUCGGCGGAGUACUGCCCGGACAACCAAAGACUGAGGGUCCGGCUGAUCAGUGCCGAAGGCCUGUACCCUUUGUCCGUAGACUGCAAGAUCAUCAACUGCAGCGUCAGCAUCUCGCUAGCUCCGGGCAAAGUCCAGAAGCAGCGCAGCACAGUCAUCCGAAAGAGCCGCAAUCCCAUCUUCAACGAAGAUUUCUUUUUCGACGGCAUCUCGGAGGAAGACCUCGCCGGUCGCUCCCUUCGCUUCAAAGUGGUCAACAAAAUGUCCACUCUGAAAAGAGACUAUAUGCUGGGUAGCUGUGAUCUCCCUCUUGGUAGCCUUGUCACCUUAAGCAAUUAGUUCUUCCACAUAUGUUAUUAUUAAAUUAUUUAUUUUCUGUCUUCUUUGGUAUUGUGAGAAUUUUUUUAUGAAUAAA